AUGUGGUGUAUUGCCCAUAAUCUCUGUCUACCUGCCAACAGGACUGGGUGUCUCAACGAUGUCACUCGCACCUCACACAAAACGAAUCUAAUCUUGUACCUGCCUGAUCAAACGAGAGUUUUAAUACUGUUUCCAGACACUGUUUCUUUGGUCAAAAAACAAAAAUUUGCCUUAGCUCACAAAAGCGGUUAUGACAUAAAUAAUGAAGUACAGCAAGAACAUAUGCUUCAUAAAUCACAAUACUUCAAUCCCAUAGAGCAUGCCAUACAGCACACCAACACAUGCACAAACAUAGAAGGAACCAAGGACACGAACAUGGCAGAAAAAUGUAGAACUGCAGAGCAGUGGAAAAAUUUGUAUGGCCCUCUAAUGCAUAUCUCCAGCCAGUCAUGCAUAUAA